AGGUCUCACAUAAGAGCUCGAGCAACACAGUAAAAUGACGUAAUAAUUGAUGUACUAGCAAGUGCCAAGCCUUGAUGUUUCACGUGCGCGCGCAUGAUUGAAAUAAUUAUCUGACGACAUGAAUUAUUAAUAUGAGACUUCGCUUUAUACUUUUUUCGAAGUGUAAAUGACCCGCUUUUACCUUUGCACGCUUUACUGGUGAUCUGUAUUUUGCUUUUUCGCACGACCUCCUGUGUCUAAACACGCGCUUCCUGGUGUAAACAAAGAAAAAUUGUAGUUGUGCGCAAAUUUUUCAAUUUUGAACUUGGGUUCCUCCUGUCGAGGGACGAAGCUAUGAUGGAAAAAGAUUCGUUGAUUAUGGCUGGCCCUUAUUUGCAGUGUCAUUGGCCGAUGCAUAUCUAGUUCCAAGAACAGGAACCGUGUGUCUUAUACAAACUUUUUUUUCCACCACGUCCACCUUGUUGUUGACUUCGACGCAGUAAAAAAGUGCACCUGAAAGUCAUGUCGGCACCUCCUCCCGCCCAACCGUCUGCCGACGACGUAGCGUCGGACAACGAUUCUGAUCGCAGUUACGAUUGGGACGCCGAAGAGGAGCAGUCCAUGCGGCAACUCGAUGCUCUCAUUUCUGCCGCAAACGCGAACAACACGGAAAACCAGCAUAACAAAACCCCACCACCUAAUACGGAGGAGCAAGAUAGUGAUGAUGCCGCCUGGUACCGAUCCUCGAAAACGGGCGCAGACGCAGAACAUGCAGCGGAGGACGAAGGGAUCAACAUGAAUGUUGACCAAACUACUGACAAGUUAUCCGGGAAAAAACCACCUGCAAAGGCUGAGGGCGAAAACGCGUUUAGCCCGACGUCGUCCCUCCAUGUCGUGCAGACCUGUGGUGCGACGGAAUUGAUUCCGACGCUAACGACGGAGGUGAUUUCCCGUGGCACCUCCGGUCCUGAGGAACAAAAGGCGAUCCGGGAGGCGACGCUGGCCAGGUUGGGGAUACAGCCGAAUCUAAUCGCGCAGAGCUCGCCUUUAGAAGACGAGGACGGGAAGCAAUCCUCGGUCUCCGCGACGGCCGGAUCAGCGUCCACGGCCUACCAAAACCAAACCACGCUGUUAAGCAACGGUAGAUGAAGUUGAUACUGCUUAUUGUGAUGUCAAAGUCUGUAAUUACAUUUCAAUUUUUUGAUGGUUAGAUUCAUUUGUACUGCAAAAAAAAAAGAAAAACGCUGUGCGUACUGUAGCAAGUCAAGUGCUUCAACAUUUUCUUUUUCAUCUAUCAAAAAAACCCCAAGGGAACGCGCUAGAGCUUGAGGAAGAUGCGAGACGCUCGUAGCGUCCAAAUAAUUUUCCACCGUGUGAUGAUCUAUCAAAAAAAACAUACUAUAUCAUCAAAACAGCCUCCGGUGGUACUGGUGGCGCCCACCAGCGGUACCUUCCUUCUGGCCGCGGUUCCGCCGGGAGUGAUUCGUAUUUCGAACAGUACACCCAGUUCACCUCUGGCGGCGAUUUGCUCGCGUACAGCAAUUAUCACGAGAGCAACCAGCUCGAUUCUGAGGGCAUUUCCCCGCCGUCGGCAGGGGGAAGUGGACUGGAAUUUCGCAACAGCUUCACGGGUGGAGGACUGAGUUCAACCGGCUCCACCGGGAAGAAGAUGAAGAAAAUCCCGCUUGGAUCUUCGUCUUUGAUACAACAACCUGAUGGCGCUGCCUCUGGAGUCGUGGUAAACACGAUGAACCGCGACCCGUCCUUUUCCGAUGGGAAAUACCUGGUCAACAACUGUCUCGCGCAGCUACCGGCCCCGCGGUCUCGACAAGGCAGUCGCGAGCACAGCAGUAGUAGCGUCGUGGGCACGGGGAAGGAGCUGCACCAGAGGCUGCAGCUGGCUUUGUUGCAGGAACGGGAAGAGGACGACUCCGGGACGGUCACGGGAGGCCUGUCCUACGAGCAACUGGCGGAGUUGCAAGGUUUGUCGCCGAACACUGUUGACCGCGCCGGAGUGGGGAAGAAGACUGGCAAUAUCAAUCACAUCACAACAACGAAUGGCGAGGCCAAAGGACGAGAACCGCCGGGCAGUUCUGGUGCCUACAGCAAUGACAACGGCAGGAUGGCGCCGUCUUGCACACCGCAGAACAACAAGACUGGCGGCUCUGGUAUCUCCGGCGCUUCAUCAUCGAGCUCGACCUUGGGAGAUUUGGAGGAAGGGGUACGGGAUAUGAAGAACAUCCGAGCCUCCGGGAUGUUGAACCGCGCGGUCUUGGAUGACAUCUCCCCAAUGCGAGGAGGCGGAGGUGGAUCUUCUUCCUCAAAACCAAACUCGAAAAAAACGAAGGCCUACACCCACCCGGAAGUGCAUAACUACAGCCUGCAGAGGCCACCGCUGCACGCAGACCCGACGCCGGAGCCGCACGCCUUGCCGCUGCUGAAAUCAACCAUCGUGCACGGCGGGAACAAGAGCGCGUCCAGCUCUCCGGGCAGCUCGCCGAAAAACCCGCAGGCGGAACAGGCGAAGGAGGACGGCGGGCCGAAGUUGGCGAGCACCAUGAAGUACAUGUACGGCGAGAUCAUCGAGGACAUGUUUCAAGGAUCCAGCAGCUCAGACGCGGAGGGAGGUACUGCAAGUAACAAGAACGACGCUGGCACAAAAUCAGAAUCUUCGGAACAUGUUGACUCAAAAUCUUCCAGCAAAGUGACGAUCAACGAAGCGGCGAAUACGCAGCACAACGGAUCAACGGCUGCGUCCUCGCGGGUCAGAGACACUGAGGUUGAGGCCUUGGCGCAGGAAGGGCGAAAUGCGGUCCGACUGCGUAGGGUUUUAGCCGGCGAGGAUGCGGCGGAAAUGCUUCGGCACGCGGAUUUGAUGACACUAAACUCUGUUGCGAGGGAUUGUUACAAAGCGGUGCGAACAUUGGAGUACGUCACGAAACGGCAGCAGGAAUUGAUGCGGGAAGGGUGAGGAGGACAGAGGUGUAAGAAAAUUGAAACUUCUUGAGGGGAGAUUGAGAAAAGUAAACCCUACUGACAUCUUUGAAAGACGCGCUUUUUUUCCAUCGAUCGCCCAAUGGCAAUGCCACCCAUCAUGUGUGGCCGAAAUAACAGACAU